AUGGAAGCAGGCACAUCGACAGCGCCCUCACCCGAAGCGCGUGCGGCUAACAAGCAUCGCUUCGAAUUUGAGCUGGAAUUCGUCCAAUCUUUGGCGAACCCUCAUUAUCUCCAAAGUCUCGCUCAGCAAAACGUUCUCGUUGACCCUUCCUUCGUGUUGUAUCUGAAAUAUUUAUUGUACUGGACCGAUCCCGAAUAUGCUCGCUUUGUCGUAUAUCCGCAUGCCCUGCAUCAUUUACAACUGCUUCAGAAUGAAAAGUUCCGCGAGGCAUUGAAGAAUAGUGAUACUGCUCAAUGGCUGAGCGAGAAACAGUUCGACCAUUGGAGAACAUGGCGAGCAGGCCCUGUGCCGACGGUCCCACAUACGAAUUUCCUGCCAAAGUCGUUGACAAAUCCCGAAUCUGGGACUGCUGCCAUCGAUCAAAGUGGCACUGUUCAACCAAACGAAUCACUUAGUACGAAUGCUCAGGCUGGUCCAAGCCAUAGUCAAAGUGCUUCUGCAAACCAUAAUCAUACGGCGCUGACGCCUAGCCGGGGAACAACUGCUGGAACGCCACGAAAUGCUACCGGUGUUAGAAAUCCUACGUCGAAUACACCAUUGCCUGUAGCGGCGAGUCCUAGAGGUCUAUCUGGUAGCCCUUGA